AUGCUAUUUGGUGGUGAUGCCGAUCAAGUUCAACACCCUAACAUAGGGCAAUUCGAUGAAGGCAGUAGCAAUCAUGUCGAACGACUAAACAUAGUGCUGUUUGGAGAAGGCAGCAGCAAUCAAGUUCCAAGAACAAUGCGCUUAACUCAUAUAAGGCAAAUUGCCCGAUCCAAUAGGACACGCUUGCCUCGGGAUGGACUAAUACAAAGUUUCACUAAUAAUGGUAAUCGCACAAACUACCAUAGUACAACUUUGAAAAAGAUAAACAUCAAUAUCAUCAUUACUGUUGCUGCAAUCAUAGUAGGUGGUGAAGGAUCAGAAAACAUUAGAGGUCGAGAUAUUGUUGUGCAAACUACAGAUGGUCAACUUAAGAGUAUCAAAGACUGUGUCGGCUACUAUGACCCUUUACAAUAUCCAUUGUUGUUACCUUAUGGAACAUAUGGAUGGGAUGUGAAUACUCGAAAUAACAACAGCAGAAAAGUGACAUGUUGUGACUAUUAUUCGUAUCUUCUUCAGAUCCGUCAACAUGACGAAUCGCUUCUACUUCGUGGUGGCCGCCUAUUGCAACAAUAUGUAGUUGAUAACUACGUCAAGAUCGAAUCACAAAAGCUUAGAUGGAUGCGUAAUAAUCAACACACAAUUCGAUCUGAAUUUUAUCGAGGACUGCAAGACUCAUUAAUUGCAGGACAAAAUAAUGCAGGAGACGUCGGUCGUCGUAGGACUAUAUUACCAUCAUCUUUUGUUGGUAGUCCCCGAGACAUGUAUCAAAGGUAUCAAGAUGCAAUGACUUUGGUUCAAAAAUAUGGAAGACCAGACAUUUUCCUAACAAUGACAUGUAAUCCAACUUGGGAAGAAAUAAGUGAUGAGCUACUACCUGGCCAAACACCACAAGAUCGACCAGAUUUGCUUACAAGGGUUUUUCGUGCAAAAUUUGAAGAGUUGAAGAAUGAUGUUAUAAAAAAAGGUGUUUUAGGCAAAGUUCUUGCAUAUGUAUAUGUCAUUGAGUUUCAAAAGCGCGGUCUCCCCCAUGUUCACAUGCUUCUCAUGUUAGAAGAAAAUGAUAAGCUUAAUAGUCCAGAUGAUUAUGAUCAGGUGGUACGGGCUGAAAUACCAAAUCCAAAUGAAGAGCCUGAAUUGUAUGGUGCCGUCUUAAGGCAUAUGAUACAUGGUCCAUGUGGAAUACACAAUUCACGAUCACCCUGUAUGAAACGUGGUAGCUGUAAACGAAAUUAUCCUAAGCCAUUUGCACCAACUACAGUUCAAGGAAAUGAUUCUUAUCCAGUCUAUCGUAGAAGAGACAAUCAUGAUCCAAUCCCAUUAGAUCAUAAUGCACGUAUAAUGGUGGAUAAUCGGUGGGUCAUUCCGUACAACUCAUGGCUACUCCUCAGAUAUGAUUGUCAUAUUAAUGUUGAGAUUUGUUGCAGCAUUAAGAGUGUUAAGUAUCUGUACAAAUAUGUUUACAAAGGUCCCGACCGAGUAGCUUUUGAAGUCCAUCAUGAACCUAUUCAAGAUGAAAUAAAGCAGUUUGUUGAUGCAAGAUGGAGUUUUUUACCAAGAAUACCACUUGCCUGGAAGCAAGACAAUACUUAUACCGGGAAUUCCCUGAACGGUUCAAAUGGAGUCAAAGAGAUAAACUCUAGAGUGAGAGGAUGA